UAUAACAACUUGUAUUGUUCUCGUCUUUGCACAUCAUAAUGUUUCAAUUAAUUAGAGACAGAGAGAGUACGAUUUAGAAAGAGGUUAGAAUAGCAAAGUCAUAGACUUUAUAAUAAUCCUACGUACUGAAAGAAAAUUUGGUAAAAGAAAAAGAGAAAAACCAAAACCAACCAAAAAGACUAAAAAGGACAUCCUCUCUUCCAACCCCCAUCAUUCCAUUAUUCCAUCAAUUCAAACAAACCCCCUUUCUCCUCUUCUAGUCUUCUUCUUCUUCACUCAUCCAUCUCUUAUUACCCACCCAACUCACCUCCUCAUUUUCUCUCUCCUCCCCCCCCCAAACAAAAAACCAUGGAAAUCACUUCAAAAUUCAAGGAGAGAGAAAAUUACUCAUCCCCUUUAAACUCACCCACUAGUUGCAGCACCAACAUCAACAAUCCACCUUCUUCUCCAUUACCCAUUACCAGAUCCGACCCGAAUAGCCCUUACCCAACGACAUUCGUAACCGCUGAUACUUCUUCCUUCAAACAAGUUGUCCAAAUGCUAACCGGAUCCUCUGAAAACCACCCAUCUAAUAAACCAUCCAACCCAAAACCGCUUUCCACCCAUGAAAACCACUCUAAAAACUAUGUAAUACCACCCAUUAAAACCGCCCCUAAGAAACAGGGGUUCAAACUUUACGAAAGAAGAAACAGUAUCAAGAACUUAAUCAGCCCAUUAAACGCAGCGUCUGGGAAUUUUUCAAAUCAAAACUCGUCGUUUUCGCCGAGGUAUAAGCAGGAGAUUUUGUCGCCGAGUUUGCUCGAUUUUCCGUCGCUAACUUUGAGCCCUGUUACACCAUUGGUCGACGACAUCGGCGGCGGCGGAGUUAUCGACGGCGGUGGCGGUCGGAGUUCGUCGGCGACGGCUGAAGAAGAAGAAAAAGCGAUGGCCGAAAAAGGGUAUUAUUUACACCCUUCUCCCAUUUCUACCCCUCGAGAUUCACAGCCUCAGUUACUCCCUCUUUUCCCUCUUUCUUCUCCUCGGGUUUCUGACCCUUGAUUUUAUUUUAUAUAAAUAGUAAUAAUAAUUUUGAUUUUUAAUAAUUAUUAAAAAUAAAAAAAAAAAGGAAAAAAAAAUGAGGGAUGAUUGAAUUUGGGGUAACAGAGAAAAUGAAUGAUGAUGAUGAUUUAAGAUGUGUAGCAAUUUGUAUAACUUUGAUACUCAAUUCAAAUGUAUGGUGUUGGUGGGUGUUAUUUGAGGUGAAAUGUGGGUUUUAAUUAGUUUGUUAUCAUAUCAAAUAUGAAUAUAAGUAAUGUUAUAUUAUUAUUAUAACGUCUAUUAAUGAGCCGAGCUGAGCCGAGUUUAAAUCGA